UCCCGUUCGGCUUUCCCUCUGAUCAUAACGCAGUCAUUGCCUCUGCUCUCUGGUCUCUCUCUUCUCUCUCUGACUGACAGUGGUUUGGAAGUGUGCAUAUUUCGAGUUGUUGCGGUGGUGGAGUUUGAGGACUUUAAAUGGGUCCUAUUAAGCUAGCCGCCGAUGCCGAAAAUUCUUCGGUAGCUUCAUUUGAUGCAUGUGACAGGAAAAUGCGGAACUCACUGCUGGAAAGAAAGAAGUCAUUUGCAUCAGUUAGCAUGGGAGAAGAAAAGCCAUUUAACUUUUUUCGUACUUUCUUUGAGGGUGUUAUAGCUGGAGGUGCAGCUGGUGUUGUUGUUGAGGCUGCUUUAUACCCUAUUGAUACAAUAAAGACACGGCUGCAGGCUGUGCAUGGUGGUGGUAAAAUAGAUUUGAAGGACCUUUAUUCUGGAUUGACUGGAAAUCUUGCCGGCGUCUUACCGGCUUCUGCUUUAUUUGUUGGGGUCUACGAACCUACAAAACAGAAACUGUUAAAGACUUUUCCUGAAAAUCUUAGUGCUGCAGCCCAUUUUACUGCAGGUGUUGUAGGGGGCUUUGCCACUUCUUUCAUUCGUGUUCCAACAGAGAUUGUUAAGCAAAGGAUGCAGAUUGGGCAAUUUACUUCAGCUCCUGAUGCUGUUCGCCUUAUUAUUUCUAAGGAGGGAUUCAAAGGACUAUAUGCGGGAUAUGGAUCUUUCCUAUUACGGGAUUUGCCAUUUGAUGCCAUUCAAUUUUGCAUCUAUGAACAGCUUCGGAUUGGUUACAAGGCAGCAGCAAAUAGAGAUCUAAAUGAUCCUGAGAAUGCCAUUAUUGGUGCUUUUGCUGGUGCACUAACUGGGGCUAUAACUACUCCCCUUGAUGUGAUUAAGACAAGGUUGAUGAUUCAGGGAUCUGGAAACCAGUACAAAGGAAUACUUGAUUGUGUUCAAACUAUCGUUAGAAAAGAAGGACCUCCUGCUCUACUGAAGGGCAUUGAGCCAAGAGUUUUGUGGAUAGGCAUAGGCGGCUCAAUCUUUUUUGGUGUCCUUGAGAGCACAAAACGGCUCCUCGCCCAAAGGCAUCCUGCACCUCACCAAGACUCAAAUACCAAGCAUGAUUAAAUCUAUGAUGGGCUGCGACCCUAAAUAUUUCUUCAGUUUUCUCUUCAAUUUUGUUUAUUUUGCAUUCUUUAGCCAGGUUAUGGUUCCUGCCAUCAUGAGAUCCCCACUCCCUGUAAUAUAUUAGAUUCUUGGAAUGAAAAUUCUAGUAGGCAGCGGCAGUUUAUUGGGAAUCCAACAGUUCAUGAUGUAACAAUCAGGAAGCCUAAACAGUGCAGAAGAUAGAAAAUCAGCAAGACAGUGCAGAAGAUUUAUAUGAGCUGAUCGACGAAAGAUUUAAAAGAUACAGUUGUUAGGGUAUGCAAUCUAGUAAAUAUGCUGAGGAAAACCCACUUUUGAACAUUCUAACCAAUCGGCAUGUUAAGGUAAGCUGUGGUAAAACCUUUCUAUCCGAGGAGACAAGCUGGUGUUGAAAUGAUGUGCAGGAAUUUUCUUAAUCAUUUUACUUGCUCAGUAUGACUUGUAUGAGGAUGUUUUAUCAUGUUUUCUAGCUCCUUGGCAAACUUUCAUGACAGACAUAAUUGUUUGUCUGCUGAUGGGUUUCUAUACCUGGGAAGAAGAUCUCAGGAAGAACUAUCUAAAAGCUGCACUGUA